GGGCAGGCGCGCCGGCUGCAUCCCCAUCCUCGGCGUCGCCCGGCACGGCGCGCGGGCGAGCGGCGCGGGCGGCCGGAGCGCGGCGGGCGGAGUGCCAGGCCGGCCAUGGCCACCACCAGCACCACGGGCUCCACCCUGCUGCAGCCCCUCAGCAACGCCGUGCAGCUGCCCAUCGACCAGGUCAACUUUGUAGUGUGCCAACUCUUUGCCUUGCUAGCAGCCGUUUGGUUUCGAACUUAUCUACGUUCAAGCAAAACUAGCUCUUUUAUAAGACAUGUCGUUGCCACCCUUUUGGGCCUUUAUCUUGCACUUUUUUGCUUUGGAUGGUAUGCCUUACAUUUUCUUGUACAAAGUGGAAUUUCCUACUGUAUCAUGAUCAUAAUAGGAGUGGAGAACAUGCACAAAUAUUGUUUUGUGUUUGCUUUGGGAUACCUCACAGUGUGCCAAAUUACUAGAGUCUAUAUCUUUGAUUAUGGACAAUACUCUGCUGAUUUUUCAGGCCCAAUGAUGAUAAUUACCCAGAAGAUCACUAGUUUGGCUUAUGAAAUUCAUGAUGGGAUGUUUCGAAAGGAUGAAGAACUGACAUCAUCACAGAGGGGGUUAGCUGUAAGGCGCAUGCCAAGCCUCCUGGAGUACCUGAGCUACAACUGCAACUUCAUGGGCAUCCUGGCGGGCCCACUCUGCUCCUACAGAGACUACAUCACCUUCAUCGAGGGCCGGGCGCACCACAGGGCACCGCCAGGCGCAAGUGGGAAAGAGGACAUGCCCUGCGAGAGAGCAGAGCCGUCUCCGAACGUCGCAGUCAUUCAGAAGCUCUUAGUCUGUGGACUUUCCUUAUUCUUUCACCUGACCAUCUCUAAAACAUUACCUGUGGAGUAUAACAUUGAUGAGCAUUUUCAAGCUACAGCUUCAUGGCCAACAAAAGUCGUCUAUCUCUAUGUCUCACUUUUGGCUGCCAGACCCAAAUACUAUUUUGCAUGGACCUUAGCUGAUGCUAUUAAUAAUGCUGCAGGCUUUGGUUUCAGAGGAUAUGAUGAAAAUGGAACAGCUCGUUGGGACUUGAUUUCCAAUUUGAGAAUUCAACAAAUAGAGAUGUCAACAAGUUUCAAGAUGUUUCUUGAUAAUUGGAAUAUUCAGACAGCUCUUUGGCUCAAAAGGGUUUGUUACGAACGAGCCUCCGUGAGUCCAACUAUCCAGACAUUCAUUCUGUCUGCCAUUUGGCAUGGGGUGUAUCCAGGAUAUUACCUGACGUUUCUGACAGGAGUGGUGAUGACAUUGGCAGCGCGAGCUAUGAGAAGUAACUUUCGGCAUUAUUUCAUCGAACCUCCCCAACUGAAAUUAUUGUAUGAUGUUCUAACAUGGGUAGUGACUCAAAUAGCAAUAAGCUACACAGUUGUGCCAUUCGUCCUUCUCUCCAUAAACCCGUCGCUCGCGUUCUACAGCUCCUGGUAUUACUGCCUGCACAUUGCUGGUAUCUUAGUAUUAUUGUUGCCGGUGAAAAAAACUCAAAGAGGAAAGACUCCACAUGAAAAUGUGCAGCUGUCUCGAUCCAAACAGUGUGAUGAAAGAGAAAAUUCUUUGGGACAGAAUAGUUUUUCCACAACAAACAAUGUUUGCAAUCAGAAUCAAGAAAUAGCCUUUAGACAUUCAUCAUUAAAGCAAUGAAGGGGAAAACACUCUGAUGGCUAUUUUGUCUCUGUUAACAGAAACCAAUCUUAGCACCUUUUCGAGGGAUUUGUGUUCGUUUGAAAAAGAUGAAGUAGGGGGGCAAAUGGGACGGAUCUAGAUGGGGAAUUUCCUGUAUACCAGAUUGGGAAUGGAGUGAAUAACCUCUCCCAUGCCAUGUCCCUGUGGGUCACGCCUUAUAUAAAAAUAUUUCCAUUAUUUCAAUGGGCACUCAGGACCUCAGCAGAUGUCCGUAGGGUCAUACAUGUGCCCUGUUGCUGAAUGUAUGUUGCGUAUCCUAAGGCACUGAAGAGGUGGAAAACUAACCCUGUCGAUCUAGAUGAUUGAGCGAAAUUACCUUUUCCAAAUGAAUGUCUUGCCUUAAACCCUCUAUUUCCUAAAAUAUUGUUCCUAAAUGGUAUUUUCAAGUGUAAUAUUGUGAGAACACUAUUUCAAUAUUUGAUGUCAUGUGCUGUAAAGGAAUUCUGGAGGAAUUUCAAACAGGAUAUUUAAGAUUGUGGACACUUUAAAAAUGCAAUAAACAUCUCAGUAUUUGAAGGGUUUUCUUAAAGUAUCUCAAAUGACUAUAGUACGUAGCGAAACUGUAAACAGUUAAUGGAUGCCAAAUUAUGGGUAGCUUGUUGUCCUGGAGAGUUUAAUUACUUUGUGUCAGUCAGAGCCCAUCAAGGAAGAAUUUCUUCAACAUAAUUAAAGGUUGGUAAUGUGAUAUUUUAAGCUUAUUUUCUUAAAAAAAAAAAAAGAAAGAAAGAAAACUGAGCAAGAGAAGAUGACGAAGGAAGGCAUGAAUGAAGGAAGCACCACAUGGACCGGGGCUGGAGCCGUGGCAAGGCUGGGUGGGACAGUGCACAGUUGCUCAGCAGUUCUUUCUCUGAGUUCUUUGUGAUUCUGUAAAGACAUAAACGUGUAAUGAUUCCUUAAUAUGUUGGACUUUUAAAUGAAACUUACCAAGCAUAAUUUAUAUAGAAUUAUAGAGGGAUUAUGAAAAUAAUCGUGGUAGAUUGCACAAGGGCUAUGAAGGAGAAAUCACGGAGUAAGGUGACCAUCUGUCUAAUCACUUCCUUAUCCUUGACAGCGUAACUCAUAAUUGGGAAAGUCUUAGAGAAAUGAAAGCUUACAGUCAUUGGGUCUGACCCUCAUGUUUAGAGAAUCAAAGAAAUUAAUUUUUUUUUAAAGAUUUUAUUUAUUUAUUUGAGAGAGAGAGAAUGAGAGACAGAGAGCAUGAGAAGGAGGAGGGUCAGAGGGAGAAGCAGACUCCCUGCCGAGCAGGGAGCCCGAUGCGGGACUCGAUCCCGGGACUCCAGGAUCAUGACCUGAGCCGAAGGCAGUCGCUUAACCAACUGAGCCACCCAGGCGCCCCCAAAGAAAUUAAUUUCUAAACUCUUAAAUUCUCACAUUAAAAUUUUGCUUUAACUCUUUUUUUAAAAUUAUUAUUUAUUUGACAGAGAGAGAGACAGCGAGAGAGGGAAUCCAAGCAGGCGGAGUAGGAGAGGGAGAAGCAGGCAGAUCAGGGAGUCCAGUGGGGGUCCCCGAUCCCAGGACCCUGGGAUCAUGACCUGAGCUGAAGGCAGAUGCUUAACGACUGAGCCACCCAGGCGCCCCUGCUCUUAACUCUCUUUAAUGAGUUUUAGAUUCUGAAAGUAGCAAAGUGUGCUCUUAUCCUCUAGGCCAUUUUCACCACAAUUAAUCUCACCUCCAAUUACCGGAUGUCUCCUUUAAUCCCAUCCGGGCUUUAGCCAUAGGUAGUAAAUCCCAAAUCCUGGGAUCAUGGGCUGGGAGAGAGGAGGGUGGGCAGGGCCUUCUGACUCCACCUUCAUUUGACCAAUCUUUUAUUGGAUUUCACCUUUAUUUGACCAGUUUGUUUUCUUUUUUGCCUUAGAUUUUUAAUGAAAUGCAAAUCGUCUAUCUCUGGUGAGUCUUUUAUAUUUUUGUCGCGAAUAAGUUUGCAGAUGAAGUUAGGGCAGAACCACUCUCUGGCUUAAGCUGUGCAGUUUUUCAUUUAAAGGAGAAAGGAACAGCAAAUGUACUUGGAACUUUUGAGGUCUUAAUCAGCAAAAAUAUCAGUGUAUCUUUGUAGAAUGUUAGAAAUAUCCUAGUCUUUGUUUACAUAAAAUGUUUUUAUUUUUCUAAAGGUAAAUUUUUUCUACCUGCUGAGGUUAGCCAUGCCCCAUUAACUUCCCAGAAAAGGAUGGAUAGCUAAAUAAAUUUUCUCUGUUUUCCCAUGCAUUGAAAUUAAGCUAGCUGUGUAAUGUGAGAGGAUAGAAAAGAAUAAUCAUGGAAAGUAUCUGUCCCCAAAAGGUCUCCUCAGUUUAAUUAAUGCUGCAGAGAAUCUGAUCACUAUUUUUAAAAAAUGUAAACAAAUUUAGAGUUUAAAGGACAAGUCUAGGCAUGUCAUAAGUGAAAACAAGAAAGCUUAAUAAAACUUUUUUUCAGCCCAUCUGGCCAUUUAUAAAUCAUCCCUAUUUAUUUCUAUUACUUAUGUCAUUUCUUAGUCUGUAAACCUAAAAUCACUGUUACCUGUUUCUUGCUUGAUGAAUGUACUCUUAGAGCUGUCAUGCAGACAGCAAGAUGACUAAGAGUUCUCCAGUUGCUCUGAAGAUGAUACAUUAUCUCUACAGUUUGACUGAUUUUCAUCCCCUUGGAUCAACUAGGUUUUUUGUUUUUUGUUUUUUUUUAAUUUUGUAUGAAAGGGUUUUUGGAUAGCUUUUGUCUAAUUUUGGAGAAAUUAUAACCAUAAAUGUGUAAUCUAGAAGAAAAACUAAAAUAAUUCUAAUUCUCAGCUUGACUUUUCUCCUCAAGAAGAAACUCUUUGUACUCUAUGAAAGAAUAUAUCUGCUUGGAUGGAGUGUUAUAAGGAUUAAUGCUUCACUUCUGCUUACAGUAGGAGAUUUGAAAACUGGUCUGUCUCCCUCCACGUACUGCUAAGUAUAAAGGGAUUCGUUGUACUAUGUGUUUCUUCUUUUUUGAUCAACAGAACAAGAUGCAGUACAUAUUUCUAUUAUUUCUCAACUCUUCGGUUGUCAUGAAACUACUCCAGAGAUGAUCAAUGACCAUCAUACUUAAACUCUUGAUCCAUUAUUAUACUACUCAGGGAAAAAAAAUUAAACAAAAAUAAUUAUUCUUCCCUCAGUUUCAUUUUUUUGAAACAGUAACAGUUAAUUUGAUGUAUCUCAGCUAUCACCAUUUUCUAAGUAGCAGUCUCAGUUUUUUAAAAUAAGCAUUUUUAUUGGAACUCAGGGUAAUUGGGGAAAUUUUCUUGGCUUCUAAAACAUCCAGCCUAUUAGAGAAGGUUUAUUUGGCUUCUGCAAUGUCCAGCCACCACCAUACUUUUGGUUAAAGAGUGUUUUUGUCAUUGACUCCCGCCAUGUGUGACAUUUCCACAGAUGCCAGUUUUUAGAAAAAUGUGCGGUAAAAAGGAUGGUUCUAAACAAUAAAGGUAACUCACAUUGAAGCACUGAUUGUCCUGGGAGGAGACCCGGAUGUUCAUCUGGCUCUGUUAUUAAUGAGUUAGGAUUUGGGCAAGUCACCUGUCCUCUAGAUGGAAGUUCUUUAAUAGGAAGUUAAAGGAUCAGUUCCAAAAGUUUAUGACCAAUUGUGUUUGUAAUCUGUGGGAGCCAUUAGCAAGAUCUGCAAGAGUCAUGGACAAGGGCAGAUUCACCAUCAAGUAAAAAAAAAAACUCUUAUUACUUGAGCUCAAAGCCCUGACUUUUCAAAAGGUUUUCUUGGCAACAGAGGAACACCUUCCACUCUGUUAAAUCAGAAGGUGUGGCAGCAUCCAUUUUCACUGAAUAUAGCCCUUAAAGUGCAUCUUUGAUGAUGAAAUAGUCUCUGUUGAAGGAAACAUGUUUUCCUUUUGCUUUUUCUGCUUGUUUGGUUGGUUGUGCUAGGUGAAAUUGAAGGUGCUCUAUGCUAGAAAAUGUUAGUACAAACCACCAAGUUUACUGGACAGGGUUUACCUUAUUUAACUUCUCAAAUAUUAUUUCAUUCAAAGAUAGUUAAGGCACAUUUCAUUUAGUUACACAUUUUAAACUACAAAAGAAAUUACAUUAAAAUUUUGCCAUACAAAUAAUUACAAAACUUACACUUUUUUAAUUUAAGGACUAGAUUACAUUUAGGACAAAGAAAAAUCUUUCCUAUUUAAAAUUCAUACCUUGUAAGUUUUAAUCUGCAUAUUCAUGAACAGCUCUGGACAUUUAUACUUUUUUGUUUCCUUGUUACAAACUUUAAAAUUGUUAGAUAAUUAACUGUAAGAGUUCUACAUUAUAAUUGAAAGAAAAAAUUACUGGAGAAAAUAAUUGUUUCGGAAUGGUGCCUGUUAUUGUGUCAAGGAAGGAUUUGUCUGGAGUUUUAAAUAUAAACCAGUAUUUUAUGGAGUUUUAUUCAGCCACCAGUCGUCUAUCCUGGCUGAAAUUGAGUACAUCAGAUUUAACAUAGGUGUGGAGUUCUACAUAACACUGUGAAAUAUAAUCUUAACUGCCCUCAAGUACCUUAUUAAACUCUUACUCUGAACCCGGUGUACAUUUAAUAAAUGGCUGAUGAUUUCUACAAGAAUCUGAGAUGCAGAAAGUUCUGCUUUCCGCAGCUGUCCUUGUAAAAGUGGGUUUGUAUCAGUGCAUGGGCGCUCCUGAUGCUCAAGGAAAAGAUUUGCUAAGUUGCACCUGAAACUUGGGUUUGAAAGAUCAGCCUGUCGAGGGUCUGCACAGUGUGUUUCUGCAGCACCGUGUGGCCAAAUCAAUUCAUACCAACUCUCAUUACAGAAGAAAAUUUAAAAUGAAAUUUUCCACGUCGGUUAUUUUGUAGGAAUGCUCUUAAGAUCAAUGACUAAGCUGUUUUUGAGGCUCUCGUUGUACAGAGGAUGCAGCCAAUUACAUUUUAAUUGGUAGGCUGCUUAUUAAUGUUUUUAUAUGUUUUAAAAUAAUAUUUAAUAGAUUUUUCAUAUGAAAACCCCAGUAAACAAUGGACAAGCUCCAUAGGCCAUUGAUUGGGACAAUUUUCUGGCCUGAAGACACACUUUUAUGCUGACUAAUUUGUCUUGCCUUUUAAACUAAUUAUACUCGUCUUCUUCUAGUAAAACUUUUAUAAAGCAAAAACAAAAAAAAACCCCCAAGACUGUAUAGUUCUAUAAAGAAUAGUAUAAAGGUCCAUACAAAAUCACGGUCUAAAGCUUACUCAAUGAUGCAUAGCCACCUCUCCAUUCAUGUUUUAUCAGAUUUUGCUACUGUAAAAAGAAAUGGAAAUGUAAUGAAAAACUGAAAGAUACAGAGCAACAUCAGUAGAAUGACAAACCAUUUUCCUAAUACAUGUUUGAGAUGGAAAAAGUGACUGGCUGCCUUUGACAGGAGUCAGAAAUGACUGUAUCCUGCCCAGUCUCUAUUUUGGGGUAACUACUUGGAGAAACUAAUUUGGUAAUAUCCGUUUUUGUCCUUUCCUGCUAAAGGACAAACACAUGUAAAGAGUUUGACAGACUUAUAAAAUAGGCCUCUUCCCAAUUUGAAGUAUUGGUUCUGUAUAUGCAGAUUUGUCCACAAAGUACACUUGCCCCUGACUUUUUGUCCCAAGGAGAAAGGAAUCUGACAUCCCACCCAAACAUGUCCCAAGCCGGUCUGCAUCCCUGUCCCCUGGGCGCGACCGCCUCUCCAAACCAGAAGGGUACCCUAGAAAGCAGUAGGAAUGAAAGUAAAAAAAUAAUUCAGGUGACACAAGAGAAACCCUUCCACAUGCAGAGUGAGACUGUGGGAGUUCAUUCCUGCCUUCCUCUGAGAGCCGAAUGGUGAUCUCUGCCCAGCAGGGGUUGGACCGUGUCACCCGAACAUGAGGAGGGCCCCAGUUCUGGCAGCCGGUCUUCACAGCGCUCGUCAGCCUUCCCUGGGUGAGACUAGCACGUGGUGUUCUGUGCUUUUUUUGUUUUUAUUAUUCCGAAAUAUUUUUUUAAAUAAGUGUUAUUUUUCAACAGAUCCAUAAAUUAGUUCUUGUUGUAUGGUUCUAAAUUUAAGCUACCACUGUGUCAGUUAGCCUGUGAUGUGAUAAUUCCAUGACUGCUCGUUUCCAACCUGUGUCCUCAGCGCUGCGCUGCUGGCUUAUUGCUGGGUUUUAAAGAUGUUUUUAACUUAUAUAUAAAUGUUCUUUUCUAAUUUGUGUGUCUUUAAAAAUGAUUAAACUGUAGUUUAAAAAUA